GCAAGUCUGCCUAUUCAUCAACAUCUCUUGUAACCUCGCACAACAUUGACGGUGUAGAGCAUGCCGCCGGGCCGUUUGACCUCGUUUUCACGCACUGGGAGUGAUUUGAGCUUGUCUUAUUAAUACAGAGCAAGUACGAACGCCGAAAGUGGGCUUUUGUUUGGGCAGGCAGACCAACGCAUCGCCCACCCGGCAGCAACCGCAGCAGGAGCGAGCCUUGGCCGGACCGUGCAAGGCCGGUGAAGCUUGUGCGGGGCGCCCGGGCCCGACGGGCACUGCAUGCCGUUUGGCAGGCUUUGAGUGAAGAGGUCGCGUAGGGCGCGUGGGAUAACAGCAUGUGCAUGUGCUCCGGGUCCAGCAAAAAGUACCUGCCCAAGGAGGAGGUAGUGGAAGUCCCCGACUUUCGAUACAUUCCGGAGCCGCAGCUCAGCGAGCUGGUGGCGUACAUGCGGCAGCGGAGAGAGCACCUGGUGUACCACAACACGACGGCGGAUGUGAGGGCGGAGAUCAUCCGCAACGUGACGGAGCACACGCAGCCGGUGGACCAGUACCCGAAAGGGCGACAAUUCCUCAACGACGAAGAGUACAUGGGGAUAUUAAGAGACUUGUUAAACCUGUCAAAUAUAUUAGACGACAUGGAGCAGACUGGCAUUGUCUCGUACGCCAACCGCACCCAGUACUACGCCCUGUACAGCAAGCUCUACCGCAUGCUCAUCGCCAAAGCCAAGCAGUAGCAGCAGCAGGCUGUGAAUGGCCCAGCACAGCGCAAGGCGGCAGCGGCAGUGACAGCUGUCGCAGCAGCAGCAGUCGCAGUAGCAGCUAAGAAGCACAGUCGUGAUGAGUGGCGCUGGUCACUCCAGAGGCAGCGCCGUAAGGCGGCCGGCAGCACGGCGGCAGGCUGUGCGGCGGCGGCUGUGACCGCGGCGGUUGCGGCAGCUCCGAGGCCGCGGCCUCUGCUGCUAAGAGGCCUGCGUGUUGGAGCUGGCUACCUGUGCGUGCGCGCGGCAGUGCGCGAGCGGAGCGGCGGCGGCGGCGGCGGCCCGCCCGCCUGUGAUGUGGAGCAGCGGGCUGAGCGCUGGCGCCACCGCUGCAGCCGUAGCUAUCGUUGGGACAAUGCGUUGUCCAUGCUGUCAGGGCCGUGGGAAACGCAGGUUGUGUGUGGACAUGUGGAUAUGUGUGUGCGUGUGCUUGUGUGUGAACAUGGCCGCGUUUUCUUGAGGUGGUUGGUUGGGGCGUACAUGCUCUUGGUUGGGGCGCGUUUCGGGUCGUAUGGGCGGCGCAGAGUGGAAGUGCGGCCUCUCCGCUGCGGGCCGUGGCGUCAGGGAAAGCACAAGGGUGCCGGCCAGCCGGCAUGAUGUUGAUGCCGGCGUGAUCUGCUAGGCUGGGCUCACGACGGCGCCGGGCGUGAUCUUACGGCAUCAGACCAGUAGCGUAGGAAGUUUGGUGCAAGGAAUAGGGGGCGGUGCUGAGGCCUCGCAGGCCCCACGGGUCAUAUAUACGGUACACGGCCGGGGUUGAGUUUGUCGGAGGACACCUGCAGCGCAUGUUAACUUAGCGUAAUGGCUACCUGUGGCGCGUUGUCUUGGGGAUGGUGGAAGGUGCGGUGCUGAGUGCCUGCGUGGGAGUGUGCUUGACGGCAGAAAGGACACACCGCCGGCUGCGAUACUGUCAGCUCGUUGUCUUGCACAUUGCUGCAGAUUCAGACAUGAUGGGGGUCAUGCAAGACUCGAAGUAAAGGAAACGAACCGGACGGCAUUUGCUGUUGGGGUGUUGGCAUGUGGCCAUCCGUCCAAGUCGGGACUGCAAGGGUCUUGUGACCUUUUUUGUCUGCAAAGGGGGACACGGUUUUCCUGUAAAACGUUGGCAAAGCAACGGGGAUGGCGGUACCGACCGAGGACUAGUAAACGUAGUUGGCUUCGCAGCUGCCGCACUGAGUGUGCCAGGAUGGCAGGUGUGGGAGCCUCCUGCGUCUUUGAUUGACUUGGCUGCCUCGCUAGCAUAGGAAUGCAGGCUGCAGACAAAGCCACGCACAGGGGUUGUCGUGUCCCCGCGGUGGGCGCUUCGCCACGCAGUGCCCCCUGCGGCCUCGGCAUGUGUGUGUUCGUGUGUUCGAUUGCGCCGUCGGGGCCGGCAGCCACCUGGGAGCUCGCGACGGUUGGGAUUUGCAUGGAGCGCAGUGAGGCAGGGGCUCCAUCCGCAGGCAGAGACAACGAGAGAACUGCUGUAACUGUUUCGAACC